GGUGACCGGACAAAAUAAAAGUUCGACCCAGAGCCCUCGACUCCUCCUUUGCGCCCCUGCCCAAAAUCCCGAAGUCGUGGACGGCAAAACAAAGGUGUCGAAGUCACGGCCGGAGGGCGGAAGGGACGCUCGUUGGAGUAGAGUAACCUGGGAAGGGCUAUUUCAAAGGAGGUCAGUUUGAGCGAAGCGGUGCGGAGAGGACCUGACCUUCGACCAGGAAGAGAUUGUGACGUGGAAUUAGAUCGCGAGAACGGCGCAGCGCUGUUCUGUUCCUUCGCUCUAAAUCCAACUAAAUCCACCGAGUAGCUGGAUUUUUGAAAUGCUAGAUUUACAAAGAAAAGGUGGAGAAACGGGAUUGGGGAAACUGUAGGAUUCAAAGUUUUUUUUUUUUUUUCACAAUUUGGCAGGGUCUAACAUUGGAGAGCGGGUUAAAUCUUUCUCCAAUCUUGCUACCAAACAGCCAAUUAAGGCGGACUUUCGAUUAUCCUGAUUUUUCUCCACUAAUCUUUUUCUAUCUUUUCUCCUCUGUUCGGUGCCAUGGGCUACGAGAACGAUCCGUACAUUGAUGAGGAUGGAGAAGCUCUUAUGGAUCCUGAUGACUUGCCGUCCGAUAGGGAGGCUUCGCCUUACACCGGGAAUCAAAUUGACGAUGAAAGCGGCGACGAAUGGCGGAGGGAACGGUCGCCUACACCAACAUAUGAUGAAGACAAGGUUGGAAAGCCGAGGAAGAGGCUAAUCAAGAAGGGCGCUAAGGAUAGCUCGCCUGAGCAUAGCGGAAGCCCGGCUGGGCAGGCGUUUGGUGGGGAGGAUUUAGAUGAUUGGGAAGAGGAGGAGCCGGUGAGGAAAAAGAAGUCAUUUUCGGAAAAAAUGGGAAAUGACUCGAGCAGUAAGAAGGAGAGGAGGAAAGCGUUGCAAAAGCCAGGCAGAUCUUCUGGAAAAGCAUCCUCCUCGGGUUCAAAGGGUUAUGGAGUUGGUUCGGCUGACCAUGAAAGUGAUCCUGAGGUGCAGGAGUUAUGGGACACUAUUGCUCGUGAUGAUUCAGAGGAUGACCGAGAAGGUGCUAGAACUGCAUAUGAUGAUGCUUUCAUUGAUGAUACUGGGGUUGAUCAAGUUGAUCGCUAUGUUAGUGACAAUGAAGCUGGAUCUAUUGGGGAUGCUCCACAGGCAGAAGAGGAUAAUGAGAUGAAUAAGCUCUUUAAGGGUGGUAAAAGGAAGAAGAAAAAUGAAAAAUCACCUGCUGAGCUUGCCAUGAUUGUUGAAGAUCUUAUGGCUGAACUUGAAGUUACUGCUGAAGAAGAUGCUGAACUGAAUAGGCAAAACAAGCCAGCUAUUAAUAAACUUAAGAAGCUACCACUUCUUAUAGAAGUUCUUUCUAAGAAGAAACUUCAGCUUGAAUUUUUAGAUCAUGGAGUACUUACACUUCUAAAGAACUGGCUAGAACCUUUGCCAGAUGGAAGCUUACCUAAUACGAAUAUUCGAACUGCCAUACUAAAGUUACUAUCUGAUUUUCCUAUUGAUUUAGAGCAGUAUGAUCGGAGAGAACAACUAAAGAAAAGCGGCCUUGGGAAGGUUAUUAUGUUUUUGUCGAGAUCUGAUGAAGAGACAACAGCUAAUAAGAAGCUUGCUAAAGAGCUAGUUGAUAAGUGGAGCCGACCAAUAUUUAACAAGAGCACUAGAUUUGAGGACAUGCGGAGUUAUGAGGAUGAGAGAAUUCCUUAUAGGAGGCCAGCUCCAAAACCUGUGAACAAAUCUCCGGAACAGGAAUCUAGAGACGAAGAUCUUGAUGAAUUUUCUCAGGGGAAAAAAUCCCGUCAGGCUGCUUCUAGACAACAUGCUUCUCGGCCAGAAGCAUUACCCUUAGAUUUUGUUGUGCGUCCACAAUCAAAAAUAGAUCCCGAAGAAAUAAGAGCUCGGGCUAAACAAGCUGUGCAAAAUCAGCGGCGUCAAAAGAUGAGCAGGAAGCUGCAGCUGUUGAAAGGACCUAAAAAGAAGCAACUUCAGGCUUCAAAACUUAGUGUGGAGGGCCGUGGCAUGGUUAAGUACCUAUAAUCACCAAGUUAGCUGCUUGAAAUAAACCAGGGGGAAGCUGUCUAGAUCAAGUACAGUGCCUGGACAUAAGUUGCUCAACUAGUGUUUCCUUUCUUUUGUUUUUGUUUAAUUGCACCGAACAUUAUAUAUAUAUAUAUAUACCUUGAUGCACACAUCUAGGAAGAAUGCUGGCAUUUAAAUAAUUUUUUAUGGUUAUUUUUUGUCUCUUGUGAAAGUAAAUGCUAUUACAGUUUAUUUGAACUUCAUUCAGUCUAUUUCAGGUGUAUAAUCUUUUGGGUGAAUUCUUUAUAAUUUUAUUCGCUCCUUAUCUU